UCCGCUAGGAGGCAGCACUUUGGUGUUUGGCACAUGUUUUGUUGUUGACAUCUGUUGUGUGUGCCUUUGACGGUUUCAUUUUGCUUGUUUGAUUUGUUAAACGUUAAAACGUGUUUGUACGGUUUGUGGGUAAUGUUUAGUAGCCCUAAAUAGCACCAAACCUUUAGGCUUAUGUCUCGGCCUGCGCAGCUGCUGUCCUUGGUGCUCUUCAGCGCCAGGACUGGUGCUCUGUCAUUGCACUCUACAGUCACUUCAACCCGCUGUAGAUUCAUUAGUAAAGGGCCAAAUAGCCAGCCCUGGCCCCGUGGCAGUCAACGAGCCCCGAGGAGAUACCGAGAUGAGAUAUCAAAUGAGGAGGACGAGCUGGAGGAUGUAGAGGGAAAGAUCCAACGCGUAGUAAAUAAUGAGGUGAAGCGACAGAAGACCGUGAAGUAUCACAUCCUAAGGAGGAAGAUGACUCCUAGACCACCAGAGAGAAAGCUAACAUGGGAAGCUAUUGAAGAAAUCAGAUAUCUGAAGCAAGCGCAGCCAGAGGAGUGGACUGCGGAUCGUCUGGCAGAGGGAUUCUCAGUAAGCAAAGAUGUCAUCCUCAGAGUGCUUUGGAGCAAAUAUGUACCAACACCUGAACGAAAAGCUAAGCAGGACAUGCAAGUUCUGGUGAAACUCAAACAGCAGGCGUUGCCUUCAAGAGCCCGAGUGGAGCAGGAAAAAGGAAGAGUGCCUUCCAGUGGCACACAGGAAGUACUCGCAUUAGGGAAGGGAGACAGUGCAGUGGUUCCUGCCGUGCAUCAAAAUAUGAUAGCUCAAACUGAACCAAAUCCUUUUGUGACCAAACAGCCAUUUUCAGAAAUCACCAAACAUUCCACGGAUAUAUCACUAAAGGAAAAACAUUCAAUGAAAAGCAGCAGGGAGGAGGAAGAUGAGGAAGAGGACUGGGAUGGACAGGUUUUAUCAGAGGACAACAUCGAAGAGUUGAUGACAACUGUAAAGUCUACUCCUGUUGUCAAAGAUGGUAAUGAGUUUUUUGAUGGAGAUGGGAACUUUUUGUACAGAAUCUGAAUGUAUUCUAUUUUUUCAUAUUAUAUUUCAAGUUUCAAAAAUAAAUCUUAUUCUAUAAAUCU